AUGGGCGCUGCUGCAUCUGAUGGCAUCGACCCCGAGACAGAGCCGUUGCGAAUUUUGCUUUCGCAAAAUCAAGACGCUCCCACGGGUGAUGCCUCCGCCCACGAUGAAGAGGUGACAGAGCUGCGCCGCAGGGCGUAUCAGCUUCACAGAGAGAAGAUCUGGUGGAGGGAUGAGUGCCGCAAGGUGGAGGAGGAGCUGGAGCGACGGCUUUUCUGGGGAACAGUGCGCCUUCAUUCACCUUUGACGAGUACUGAGCAGAUUGUGUACCGGCCCGACUACUACAGUCAGGACUCGAAGUGGUACAAGAUGAAUUGCCCGUGUUGCCGCAGACCUGUGGAGGUCACGAUCACAGAGCUGGCGCAGACCUGGAAGGCAGCUGGAGCAGCUCCAGGGUGCUUGGAUGUUGUGGUUUGCUUGUGGAAAGGGCACCGCUGCAAGCAGGCCCCACAAGCAUCUGGGCGCCGUGCCUUCGUCGGCUCGCUCUGGGGUGCCAAUGCUGGCUACGCCCUGGGUGAGGGCCUUAGCGUCCUGAGUGCAGGUUUGGCAGAGUUUAUAGGAGCCCUGGUUCUUGGCGUGCGGCUGCGUGAGCUCUCGCCCGACAUCGAGCGUGUGAUGCUGCACACGGACGACGUGCCACAGAACUACCUCCAGGCAUUCGCGCAGGAUGGGUUGUGGCAGCUCAAGGAGGUGAACUACAUUGAUGGCGUGGAGGAUCUCUAUGUAAGCAAGGGCAAUAUCUUCGAUGGCGUGUUUACCAAACUGGCCGCCUGGACUCUGGUGGAUUUUGAGAAGGUGCUGCUCCUGGAUUUGGACAUCAUCCCGUUUCGGCCCAUGGAUGAACUCUUCGACCUGCCCUGUCCAGCCGCCAUGGUGCGAGGUCAGGGUGACAACCUGCACGGUGAGCAGGUGGAUGGCAGGCGCUUCUUUGCUGGAGGUGACAAUCAGGACUAUCCUUGGGGACAGACAGGUGGCAUCAAUGCAGGUGUCAUCCUGCUGCAGCCUGACAUGGAUGUAUACCAGCAGAUGCAGUCAGAGGUGACUUGCAAGAACCAUCCCUCCCAUAUUGCAGGGAAUGGGCCGGAGCAGGACUACUUGUCACGCUUCUUUGCCUCAAGACGGGACUCUCCAUGGCAUCAGAUUGAUGUUUCCUGGAAUUACCAGCUCCAUCAGUCCCUGUAUGCCGUGGAGCGUGUUGUGGAGUGGCAUCGCUUCAUGGUCAACUCUGGGAAGGAGUUUAGCAGGGCUGACCUCGAGUGGAUGCCGAAGCGUAUGCGAAUGGGACUUGAGGACAUAGGUGUGGUGCACUUUAGUGGAGAGGUGAAGAUGUGGCACCUCUUCCUGAAGACGCACCGUUCUGACGAUGUGCGACGUAAUGUCAGUCACGAGGCCACGAAUGGUGACUCCGAGGCCUGGACUGACGAGAAGUUUGCCGCACACAUCAUGUCAGUCCAGCGUGGCUAUCCACUAUGGAUGUCCAGGACUGCUGACCUUGAAGAGUACGAGGAGCGGGGAUGCAGAAGAGAAGGUAAAAGGAUCCUCAUUGGCGACAAGGACAUGACAGAGUUGGUGGAUAUACUGGUGAAGCAGGUCUUGGAGGUGGCGACGAAGGCUACAACGGUGUGGCGUGAAUGUGCAGAGGAGCUUCUUCAAGAGCAGCCGGAAGUUGUGCGCCAGCUGGAGAACCCGGCGGUGCCAGAAGGCAUUGCGGCAUAUUGCGGCGCAAUAGGCCCAGACCUGGGGGCGAAUGGGGUGACACCGAGCGUCAUGUUCACUCAGACCGAGCUGAAGGUGCUGAAGGUGCUGAAGCUGGGUGACCAGAGAAUCGAGGAGAUCGAUUACUCCUUCCGGCUCGAAGAGUUCGCCGAGGACAUGGAGUACAUUGUUGCCCCGCACAUCAUACGGUGCUACCUGGAGGGUGACCAAGACGCCCUGGAGAAGCACUGCGGGGAUGCCGCAUUCGCUGCGGUAAAUGCAGGCAUCAAGGAGAGGAAAAAGUUGAAGAUGUCCCUGGACACCAAGAUCUUGUCCGGACCGCGAGAGAUCGAGCUCAAGGGUGCCAAGCUGAUGGAGCAGGGCGCCCCAUGCUUCAUUUGGACGUUCAACAUGCAGCAGGUCAAUUGCCUGCGAGAUGCAGAGGGUGAGAUCGUGGAGGGUGCGGUGGACGACAUUCGAACAGUGUGCUACGCCAUGGCCGUGACGAGGAACCCAAAGUUGGACGAGCUCGACCUCGAGUAUCCCUGGCAGGUCUCUGAGCUGGCAAUCCUGUGGAACCAGCCAUGCUUCUGA